AUGACAGACGAGGAAACGGAUUUCCCAUCGAUUUCACUUCAGAAUUCAUUUAUUUCCACACUAGACCAUUUACCAUGUGAUAUUGUACGAUCUUUAUGGCUAAUACAAUCAUGUAAUAUCAAGAUUGAAAAUUCCAAGAAAGAGAUCAAUGAAAUACUAUCGCAACGCUAUAACUUAACACCAGGGAGUCAAAAACUAAUCAGAUUGUAUGAAUUAAAGAAAACAAUACGGCAUUUAUCCAAUGAAUCAAUACAGGAAACAAAAGCAAUGAAGAAUCAAUUAAUUACUCAUAAAUUGAAUUUAUUACAAGAAAUGGAACAAUUAACUAAAAUUGAAAUUUUCAGAACCAACAAUGAUCAAAUAGAUGAAUGUGCAAGAAAAGAGUUAAGAGAACAAUUAAAGAAGCAUUACCUUGAAAAUCCAUUAGCUUCACAGGUGGAAGCAGUUAGGGAACAGAACAAGGAGAAUGAAACAAAAACAGAAAUAGAGACAGAAAAGGAAAAUGAGAAUGAGAAUGCUGAUGAAAUACAAUCAAUAUUAGAGAUUCCACAACAGGAUAAAGUAGAAAAACCUACUGAUAAAAAAGUAGUCAAGAAGAUUGAAACCAAAACAGAAACAAAGGAUGAAAUCAAUCCAGAGACCAAGGACGAAGCGGUACCAAAGACUAAGAAAAGAAAAUACAAAAAGUCAAAGGUUAUUUCAAAUGAAGACGACGAUUCUGACGAAGAUGGUACAUUAUACUGCUUCUGUAAACAAAAAUCCUUUGGUAAUAUGAUAUCGUGUGAUAAUGAAGAUUCUUGUAUUAAUGGAGAAUGGUUCCAUUACAAAUGUGUUGGUUUAUUAAAUCGUGUGGAUGCAUUGAAGUACACCACUGGGAAGAUUAAAUGGUAUUGUUCAGAUAAAUGUAAAGAGAUUGCCGAAUCUAAAUCUGAAGAGAAGCCAGUAAAGAAGAGAAGAAAACGUAGAAAGAAGUGGUACAAAUAG